AUGCAGCAGUUGUUUCGCAUUGCGUGGACUCAGCACGAAGAAACACUGGCUUCUGUUUCAACAGAAAUAAAUCAGGCUAACCAUAUGCUGAGUGCCAGCAGCGCUGCAACAAGCAUUUUGUAUCUAGUCGUCUUUCUCCUUGCUCAGCUCCUCUUGACAGAGGCCGGUGACCGCGUGCGCUCUGCAAGGCAGCCGUCGGAGCUGGCACGCCACGGCCUCGCCGGCCAGGCGAGAGGUCAGUCACCCCUGUCCAGGCGCUCUCCCCAGCCUCUGCGCAGCCAGCUCCCGGGCGCAGCUCAGCCCAAAGAUGGCAUUGAAAUACCAAACUGGAACUCUGCUCCAUCAAGGAACCUUAGCCUUUCAAUGACGGUGUCGGGACGACGCCAGGACUGUUUCACCUCUUUGUUUACUGACUCAAGAAAGAUUGCCCAGAGCCUUGGGUACAUGGAGAAUCAUGGAAGAACACAUUCUGCUUAUGAGGACUACCAAAAGUCUGCAUCCAGUGCUAUCGGAAAUUUGAAAAUUGCUGAAGUUGAUCCAGGUGGUCAUUUUGUGAAGAUCCUGAACUGUGCCCCCAAAAAAGAGGAAAACAUUGGGGAUUAUCUCUUGAAGCAGGACAUCCAAGGUCAACCAGUGGCUGUAUUUCGGUUCCCCCCCGAGACCAGGAUGGGGCCCAACUCCACCGUGACAGUUUGGGCAGCAGAUGCUACAGUGCUUCACAAACCUCCCUCAGAUUUUCUUUGGAAGGACCUGGAGAGAUUUAGGACAAGCCUUGACUGUGCUACCAUUCUCUGUGAGCCUAGUGGUCAAGCUGUGGCUUGGUACACUCCGCUCUACUGGAACAGAAGGCAAGGAUGGGUGGCAAAGGAGCAAACUGAAAACAUUGAGAAUGUGCACUAUGAAAAAGUGUGGUUCAUUGGUGUAGCUGUGGACAGUUUAGUUUGUGCACCAAGGUCUCAGUCAGGAAUGAGAGCCAUUGACUGUUUUGAAUAA